AUGUACCAUCAACGAGAUGUGAAUCUCAAAGGAAUGGAGAUUGAAGAGUCCACAGACUGUCUAUUGUCUGAUUUUGAGGUUCUAGAGCUGCUUAAAAAGACCAGAGCUCAUCGAAACAUUGCUCCGGAAUUCGCUGAUCUGAAUACUGUCGAGACAGAGGUUCUCAAAUACUUGGAAAACAAACCAGCUGCAUCACAAACACAUGAAGACGUUGACAAGUUCAUGAACUCGCCAAUUACUUCCAAGUUUGAAUUGACUGAAGCUGAAGUAUUGCAAUUGUUGAAUUGGAGGCCAACGUCUACUUUGGAAUUGGUUUUGUACGUGUCAGACUUGGAAACCCGAUUCACUGCCGAACAGCAACAGGAAAUGUUGAAGCUGAUCAAGGAAUUGUUACCUCCUCCACCAGCUCCUGAAGAGUGA